GACGAGCAUGAAAUGAAUGAACAGUGACGGAGAGUGAAGUUGGAGAGCUGACGCUAAGUGCUGAUUAAAAAAAGGUAAUGAAUUGAUCUGUGGAAAACUAAAGUGAAAUUUGGGCAGAUAAUGAAUGAAUAUAAUCCGUUGGACAAAAAUGGCUAGGGCUAGAAACUGCUCGAAACCGGUGAUUUGGAUCUGGUUAAUCUCUGCCCUUACCUUUUAUGCUCUUUUCCUUAUGGUUACCCGCAAUUCUACAGAAUGGUCUAUCUCAAAUGCGGAGCAGAGGUCUAGAUUGUAUCAUAAGAUGGAAAAAGACUUGGAGGAGCACGGAGCUGCUUUCCUCAAACAGGGAGAAACUACUCAAUCACUUACCCUGUCAGAUCUGUUUACUCUCAAAGAUGGAGUAGUCACUCCUGUACUCAAGGCUGCAAAUCCCCCUGUGCGAGCAAAUGUUUUGUAUCUCAAACCAGAAUAUUCUGUCCCUAUUGCGGAAGCUGUGAGAGCUGUAUUCUCGCCACAUUUUGAUAAAGCAAUUUGGCUUCAGAACUCUAGCUUAUAUCACUUUAGCAUGUUCCAUGCUUCACAUCACAUAACAGCUGUCCCUGCCUCUGAAGCACAGAUUGAAGCUGAAGCAAAUGCUGUUCGAGCUGUUUCUGAGACAAUCUGCCCAAUAAAAAUUUCCCUGGACAGAGUGGUUCUAACAUCAACUGGGGUGCUAGUAGGUUGUUGGCAGGUGGACUCUGGAACUGAUCCUGUAACUAUCCGACAAAAAUUGAGAAAUGCUCUUCCACAUGCUCCUGCAAAGCAACUUUAUGAUGCUGCAAUGCUUCAUACAUCAUUUGCCAGGCUUCUGGGACACCCUAGCAGCUGGCCUGAGGAAGCAAAUAGGGUUUCAGAACUCGAAUUUCUCCAUGAGCUCGUGACUAGGUUAAACAAUAAAAUCCAUGGCACUAAGGCAACAGUCAGUGAGCUCUGGAAUGUGGAGGAAUAUGACAUAUUAGCCCUUGCGUUGAAUGGGAGAAUGAAAGUCCGCAAGUUCCAGCUUGGCUGUUCGAAAGUGUGAAUUAAUCUAUGAGAAUAGACGAUUCAACUUCUCACUGGUUCCUAUGUGGCAAAGACGUCGGUGUUCACCUAUGGAUGGGAUAAUACGGAUUCUGAUGUACAGCUUUAUUCGGCCUCCGCUGUAUACUAUAAGGAGCAUUAAAAGUUUGAUAUUUACAGUGUAUUGCUCGCUCUUUGAACAUUUCUGCACGAUAAUUGAAAAUUAUAAAUAUAAGUGUGUUACUAGGAUGUGGUAAACGUUUGAAAAAGUCACAUAUCUUUGGAGUGGGAGUUGAGAAGAAAAAAUGCAAUCUCGGUCCCCAAAUGUA